GACAGUUGAAAAUAUUCAAAUUUAAAUAUCAUCCCCCAAAUUCGAGCAAUUGAUUGCUUUAUAAAGAAACCCUGCAACAGCAAGUAGACGUCAUUAGUGACAAAAAAAUUCGUGUACAAAUUUUCGGGGGUGGAUAUUUUUGUGUGAUUUUCUGCUGUAAAUGGCUUUUGUGGCAGAAAUGAAGAUGCUCCUUGCAUGCCGGGGAUCCUUUGGCCAGAUCCGAUAUGCAUCUCAGGCGGCUGGUGCAAAGGUUAAGGAGUUUCAAGUAUAUCGCUGGAAUCCCGAUGAGCCCUCCAAGAAGCCCUACAUGCAGAGUUAUCAAGUGGACUUGAAGGAAUGUGGCCCGAUGAUUCUCGAUGCCCUGAUCAAAAUUAAGAACGAGAUGGAUCCCACUCUAACAUUCAGGCGAUCCUGCCGCGAAGGAAUCUGUGGAUCCUGUGCCAUGAACAUCGGCGGAACCAACACUCUAGCCUGCAUCAGCAAAAUCGACCGAGACACCAGCAAACCAGCCAAGAUCUACCCUCUCCCUCAUAUGUACGUGGUCAAAGAUCUCGUACCCGACAUGACCAACUUCUACAAGCAGUACACCAGCAUCCAGCCCUGGCUGCAGCGCAAAGAUUCUUCAGAGAAGAAAGGAGACGCUCAGUAUUUGCAGUCCGUGGAGGAUCGUGCCAAGCUCGAUGGACUCUAUGAGUGCAUUAUGUGCGCCUGUUGCUCCACAUCUUGUCCAUCCUACUGGUGGAACAGCGAUAAGUACUUAGGUCCGGCCGUCCUCAUGCAGGCCUACCGCUGGAUCAUUGAUUCGCGUGAUGAGAAGACAGAGGAGCGUCUGGACCGGCUGCGAGAUCCCUUCAGUGUCUAUCGUUGCCACACUAUCAUGAACUGCAGCCGCACAUGCCCCAAGGGUCUAAAUCCUGGACAGUCCAUUGCUGAGGUGAAGAAACUUUUGUCCGGAGUGGCAAAGAAAGCUGAGCCGGGACUUGAGACCAAUGCCCUUCAUAAGAAGUAACUUCCCAUCAAAUAGAUCCGGUAAUUGAAAAAUCAAGAUGUUAUUUAUUGCAUUGCCCCAGGAAUAAUUGGUUGAAAUGCGUGAGUUUUAAAUAAUAAAAAAAGCUAAAUGCGAAUUGUAGUUAA